AUGUCGGAAGAAAUCAAGCCCUUCAAGGUCGAUAUCCCCGAAGACGAGGUGGAAAGGUACUACCGAAAGGUCAAAGACACACGAGUACCUACCAAAGAUAUCGUCCCUGGCGCUGGAAGUGAUUAUGGUUUCACCACCGAAUGGGCCACAGACCUCUAUCACUUUUGGACGGACAAGUACGACUGGCAGGACGAACAGAAACACAUGAACCAAUGGCCUCAUUACACGACCGAACUCGAAGGUAAUAACAUCCACUUCAUUCACCAGCGCUCCGAGGCAGCAUCCGCAUACCCACUUCUCAUGGUCCAUGGCUGGCCAGGCUCCUUUUAUGAGUUCAGCCGUGUUAUCAACGCUCUGAGCGACGCCAAAUCGCCGCAACCAUUCCACUGCGUCGUGCCCAGCCUUCCCGGGUGCUGCUGGUCGUCUGGUCCACCGCGCGGCUGGAAGCUACAAGACACAGCGCGUAUCUUCCACACUCUGAUGCAUCGCUUGGGCUACAAGGAAUUCGCAGUUCAGACCAGCGACUGGGGCCACUGGGUCGGCCGCGAGCUCGGCGCCCAAUGCUCUCACUCUUGCAAAGCCGUGCACUUCAACUUCGCCCCCGCGCCGUUGCCUGAAGGCGCAGAGCUGAUGGAACGGGAGGCAGCAGUCCAAGCCAGAGUCGACGACUGGCUAGAGAACCACUUGAUUGUGAACAUGACUCCAAAUUCAAUCUGUGGAGCAUUUUAUAUUAUAUACUUCCAUAUUCGUGGCAUAGAGUAG